GGACCCGAAUCUCCCUUGAGCUGGCAAGCCCGGCAGAAGCACCCGACCGACCGGCACGGAAAACCUCGCCCCGCUUAGCACCCCAACCCGACCUCGCCGGCGGCGAGCGUGUGCCCAUGGCGGACGGCGGCGAUAUGGACGAGGAGGCGAUGCGGGCCUUCUUCCCGCUCUCCUUCGGCAAGACCACCGCGCGCCCCAGCUCCGCGGCCUCCUCCUCCGCCCACUCCUCCACCCUCCGCAAGCCCCAAAACCCUAGUAACCCCAAGCCCUCCGCCUCCGCCGCCGCUGACGACGAUGGAGGCGCCAUGAUUGGUCCCCCUCGGCCGCCGCCGGGGCCCGCGGGGGAGGACGACGACGAGGACGGCGGCGGCAUGAUCGGGCCGCCUCGGCCCCCACCGCCCUCCGCUCAGGGCGAGGGGGAGGAUGACGAGGGCGGCGGCAUGAUUGGGCCGCCUAGGCCGCCGCCAGCGGAGGAGGACGAGGAGGAGGAGGAGGACGACGACGACGACGAUAUGGAGGACGACGGCGAUGGCGGGUUCAAUCGGAUCCCUCUCAGCAACGAAAUUGUUCUGCGGGGACACACCAAGGUUGUCUCAGCCCUUGCCGUUGACCAUACAGGAUCCAGAGUGCUCUCUGGUAGCUAUGAUUAUACAGUGCGUAUGUACGAUUUCCAGGGUAUGAAUUCAAAGCUGCAAUCAUUCAGACAAUUGGAACCCUUCGAGGGCCAUCAAGUUCGUAGCCUAAGUUGGAGUCCAACGUCUGAUCGAUUCUUAUGUGUUACUGGUUCUGCUCAAGCCAAGAUUUAUGACCGUGAUGGGCUUACGCUCGGCGAGUUUGUUAAGGGUGAUAUGUAUAUUCGUGAUCUGAAGAAUACAAAGGGACACAUUUCUGGGCUGACAGGUGGGGAGUGGAAUCCAAAGUCAAAAGAGACUAUUUUGACCUCAUCUGAAGAUGGUUCGAUACGUCUCUGGGAUGUGUCAGACUUUAAAAGUCAAAAGCAGGUCAUCAAACCAAAGCUAGUAAGACCAAUGCGGAUUCCUGUUACAUCGUGUGCAUGGGACCAUGAAGGAAAACGAAUUGUGGGUGGCAUAGGAGAUGGUUCGAUACAGCUCUGGACUAUAAAAACUGGAUGGGGUAGCAGACCAGAUAUCCAUGUUGAGAAAACACAUACAGAGGAUAUUACUGGAGUUAAGUUUUCAACAGAUGGACAGAUUCUUCUGUCAAGAAGUAUGGAUAGUACUCUGAAGAUAUGGGAUCUGAGAAGAAUGAAAACUCCUUUGAAAGUGUUUGAAGAUUUGCCAAAUCACUAUGCUGAGACAAAUGCAGCCUUUAGCCCAGAUGAGCAACUUAUUUUGACAGGAACCUCUAUUGAAAAGGAUGGUGACAAUGGGGGACUGCUCUGUUUCUUUGAUAGAAAGAAACUUGAGCUUGUAUCAAGGGUGGGGAUUUCACCACAUUACAGUGUGAUAAGGUGCCUAUGGCAUCCAAGGAUCAACCAGGUGUUUGCUACAGUUGGAGACAAGAAAGAAGGCGGGACUCAUAUCCUUUAUGAUCCGUCUAUUAGUCAGAGGGGAGCUCUUGUAUGCGUUGGACGGGCACCAAGGAAAAAGUCUGUCGAUGACUUUGAGGUGCAACCUGUCAUACACAAUCCACAUGCAUUGCCACUUUUCAGAGAUCAACCAAGUCGUAAACGUCAAAGAGAGAAGAUACUGAAGGACCCGCUCAAAUCACACAAACCAGAAGCACCUGUUAAUGGCCCAGGUUAUGGUGGAAGAGUUGGUACUUCAAAAGGCAGCUUACUGACACAGUACCUCUUGAAGGAAGGCGGUUUAAUUAAGGAGACCUGGAUGGACGAAGAUCCAAGAGAAGCAAUUUUGAAGUAUGCUGAUGCUGCAGAGAAAGAUCCAAAGUUUAUUGCGCCAGCUUAUUCUCAAACCCAACCAAAACCUGUCUUUGCAGAGUCUGAUUCAGACAAUGAAGAGAAAUAACCAUGUGUCUGGUUACCUAAGCUAGCAUACAACCUGUAUACGAUUUUCUGAUAGCUGUCAACUUAUUGCACAAGUCCUGUAACCUGUUUCUUAACAGUGGAGAAACAAAAGAGUAUUUAUAUGGAUUUUGAAGACAAAAGGUACUGCAAGUCUUUUCAGUACCAUGUUAAUUUUUUCAGAACGGAUGAAAACACUUCGUCAA